CCCUAACGUAUAGUUUAUAAGAAAUUAAAUUAUUUAACCAUUUAUGGCUCCUAUAAUCGAAUUCAAUUACACAGCCCCGAGUGUGUGUGUGUAGCUGCAUCUGUGGGCAGGCAGGGGCCCGCCCUGGUCGUGUCAAAUUGGCGUGAAAUCGGUAGUAAACUCACACAGUGGCCAAAUCGAAAAGCUCUCUUCCGCGGUUGUAUGUUGUAAAUCGGCCCAAAUCGUUGUAGUUGUAGUUGUAAUUCUGCAUAUAGACUGACUCAGGGGUGCGGCGCGGGUGUCUUGUUGCAGUGCUGCGUUUCUAUGUUGCGGCAUUUUAAUGACGAAAUUAUUUUUGGAUAAGUGUUUAAUAAGAGCAGCAGCCAUCGCAUCGGCAGAAUGGAAAGUGAACGGUUACGUAUAACGCUGGACAAUCCCGACGGGAUCUACUUUGCCGGCGACAUAAUACGCGGCGAGAUCUGGAUGAAUGUGAACAAGCGCACAAAGAUACGCGCCAUUAAAAUCCAAGUCACUGGCAAAGGAAAAUGCAAAUGGAUGGAAAUACUGCGCAAAAACUCCAACAACAAUGAGUACACGCGCAGUCUGUUCUACACCAGCAAGGAGAUAUACGAGCACAGUGAGACGCCGCUGCCGGACUUUGAGCCACGCGGCCUGGAGCUAUCCGCCGGCGAGCAUACGUUCAUCUUCAAGGUGGCACUGGGAAGGCAGUUACCCUCCAGCUUCAAGGGCAGCUACGGCAGCAUAAAGUACAAGAUGCGUGUGCUGAUACAGCGGCCCUGGACGUUCGAUGAGCGGCACAACAUACACUUUACGGUGGUCAAGAAUAUGCCGCUGCAGGCAAUGCAAAGGAGCGUGCCGAGUCCUUUGGAGAAGCAGAUAACCAAGACGAUCAGUCUGUUUGGCACACGUCCCAUCACGAUGGUGGCCCUGCUGCCCGAGGAUUUUGCUGUGCGCGGCGAACCGCUGCGCAUCUGCGUCACCGUCAUGAACAACAGCACGACGAACGUGGAGAAGCUGCGCUUCAGUGUGCUCCAGUAUGUGACGUACUACAGCCAUGUGCCGCUGCGCGUGCAGAAGGUCGAGUGCAUUUCCAUUGCCAACAAGGAGACGGGCUCCGUGCAGAAGAAGAGCGAGAGGAGCUUCGCGCACGAGCUGCUCAUGCCCGAGGGAGCCCAACCGACAGACGAUCAUUUGAGCGGCGUCAUUACGAUUGUCUACGAGCUGCGUGUGGAGGCGGUGCUGCGGGGUUUCUUCAAGAAUUUGGUGCUGAAUCUGCCCUUCAAAGUAUACUCACAGGAUGCCUCAAACCGACAGGGAUCGAUGCGCCCAACGCCCCCACCCCGGCCCGAGAAUGGUCCGCCCGGACCCGAUGCCAAUGGAACGUUUGGCAAUCCCUUUGAGCCCGCACCACCCACCGGAGCCCUGCAGGUGUAUCCCUCGCUGGACUCGUCGAUUGGCUCGCCCUCGCGCUCCUCCCAGUUCAGCGAAUGCAGCAGCCUCAACUCCACCACCUCCGAUUCGUCGACGGCCACACUGAGUCCCGCCGUGGGCGGUGUGGAGCUGUCGUACACGUCGGGCGGUUCGCAAUCCUCGCAAUAUGGCUCGCAGUUUGGCAGCCCCUCGGCGCGGGUCAGCCUGCGCAGCUCCAAUGUGCCCUAUAUGCCUUAUUCGUCCAGUCCGUCGAUGGUGCAAUCAUAUCCGCCGCCGCAUUUGCCAUCCUAUCCGCUGCCAGAGUCGCCACAGUACUCGCUGCUGGCACUGACGCCGCCACCACCAAUGGCCCCACCCACACCACAGCCCGUGGCAGUGUCGGCUGCAGCGCCUCCGGUCAGUGGCUACAGUCAGCUGCCAUCCACGGCAUCAUCGUCUUCGUUUCUGCAGCCACGACAGCCGCCAGGCGUGCACGAGUUGCCACCAUCCUAUGAAGAGCUCUUUGGUCAGGCCCAUGCCCCCUCGGAGACGGCAGCGUGAGGCCUGCAGCGCCUUUCGCUGCAACAACCCAGUUACGUCCAAGCUUUGCCUAGAUAUUAGAGCUUCAGGUUUACUUUAAUAGUGUUAUCGAAUAUCAAUAUAUCGAAUAUAUAUCAUAGACAAGAAUCGAACAAAUAA